ACUGAGCAGGAUUCACCUUUAGUUCAGUUAUUCGAGCACAGCAUACGCGUAUUGAAAUGUUCGCUCUGGGAUUAAUUUUGUGUCUAUUUCAGACCAGCCUAAGUCUGAACUGGACAGCAACUUCACCUGAAGAACAUCACCUGAGUUAUUUGCAUGAUUUGUUGUCCAAAGCGCAUGAACAGCAGCCUAUUACUGCGAUUCUGGUAAUGAAACAUAGUCAGGAUAACAAUUGUCUGUUGGAGCAACUGCACCUACCAGAUUGGCCAGUUCUCCGCUUUAAUGAGACGCUAAGGAUCUGCAUGAGUUCAGAGGUCAGCAGGGAAGCUCUAGCUCUACUUUGUUUGUCCAAGAAUAAUGCAGUGGAGUUGCUUUCAUCGCUGGCAGCCAACUUUAAUGGGAUGCGAGAAGCCAGGAUAAUUGUGUGGCUGAAUAAUGAGGAAUUACUUGUAAUUAUAGCGGAACAAGCAGAUCGUCAUCGUUUUUAUAAUGUGCUUGCUCUGCAGCCAAAAGGAAACUCAACUGUUAUGCAUCAAAUGCAGCCAUUUCCUGUUGCCUCAUUCAGUCAGCAAGGAUUAAAAUCAGAUCGCAUCUUUGUCGAAUAUUGGCGCAAUUUCCAGGAAAUUCAGUGGAUUUACGAGUAG